AUGAGGAUCAACUCUGCUGUUCAGGCUGCUAUUGACCUCACAGCAGGUGCUGCAGGUGGGACAGCCUGUGUGGUGACUGGCCAGCCCUUUGACACUGCAAAGGUGAAGAUGCAGACGUUCCCCAACAUGUACAAAGGACUUGUUGACUGUUUUGUCAAAACCUAUAAGCAAGUGGGAUUUCGAGGCUUCUACCAGGGAACCACACCAGCACUUGUAGCCAACAUUGCAGAGAACUCCGUUCUGUUCAUGUGCUAUGGAUUUUGCCAACAAAUUGUGAGAAGAAUUGUUGGAGUAGACAGGAAAACAAAGCUCAGUGAUCUACAGAAUGCUGCUGCAGGCUCCUUUGCCUCUGCCUUUGCCACCCUUGUCCUCUGUCCCACAGAGCUGGUGAAGUGCCGGCUACAGGCCAUGCAUGAAAUGCAGUUGUCAGGAAAGAUAAUCCAGGGACACAAUACAGUUUGGUCAGUAGUGAAGGGUGUUAUCCAAAAGGAUGGUCCCCUUGGAUUUUAUCGUGGCCUGUCAAGCACAUUGCUGCGGGAAGUCCCAGGCUAUUUCUUUUUCUUUGGAGGCUAUGAACUGAGUCGGACAUUCUUUGCCUCUGGGAGAUCAAAAGAUGAAUUAGGUCCCAUUCCUUUGUUACUAAGCGGAGGUUUUGGAGGCAGCUGUCUGUGGAUUGCUGUGUAUCCUGUGGAUUGUGUCAAAUCUAGAAUUCAGGUUCUUUCAAUGGCUGGAAAACAGGCAGGCUUUAUGGGAACAUUUGUAACUGUUGUGAGAACUGAAGGUGUGCUUGCCUUGUAUUCUGGACUAACACCAACUAUGAUCCGUGCAUUCGUGGCCAAUGGGGCACUGUUCCUUGCCUAUGAGUACAGCCGGAAACUUAUGAUGAAACAAAUAGAUUCUUACUGA